GCCGCCUGCCACAUCUGGAGACGCUUCCCAACACGAGAAACUUCAACUUUUUUGCCUUUUACUUUGCGCAGAAAACACUCAGGCGUUGCGAAGUGUCACUCCGUCAGGGUGAAUUUGGCGCUUUCGUGAUAGUAAGUAGAGAUUCUUGAAGCCAAGUUGGCGUUUCUCUCGCUUUCUUUGAGCUGUUUUACAUCACCAUCGGUAAACAGAGCUCGUUUGGGGACUUUCAUACAUUCAGUUGCUGUGUAGCUGCUAGAUUGUGUUAGAGUUGAACGCGGUUUCUUGAAAUAACGUGAAGUGACACAUUUCCAUGUUGUGUUUUCAUGAGUAAAGAGGAAGGAAAGCGGAGCGGAGCGGCGCGUUCAUUGCACGCAAAAAUCACGCAGACCAAUCUAUGAAAAGUUUAAUAUCACGCUCUGCUCUGUCACAGGAAUAUUUUUAUAUAGUUAAAUGGUAAAUUCUGCCAGAGACCCCGCUGCUUCACUCUGCAUGUUGAUGGUGACAUGAGUCACAGGGAAAUAAAUAGUGAAAUUCAGCAGCGACUGGUGAUGGAGUGAUAUAGCCUACAUUUGAGCUUAUUUGUGUCCAACACUGAUCUAACAUUUUGGAAGAGAGGACUGGAAUAAACCAUAAGGCGCACAGCUCCAUACUGAAGUGUUUAAGUUAGUCUGAGGGGAAAUUUAAAAGACCUAAAAAUACAGCGUUGGUUUUCUUCCCCUACAAAGAAUCAUUUGAACUUCCCACCGCAGAGCGAGAGCGACAUAAAUAGUUCUGACAUGUGGAUGUAAUUUCAGAAGAGGAAAAAAGACAGAUGCAGAGAAAUAAAGAGAGCGGGCUGAGCCUGGGCAUAUAGUAGAUUAUAGGAAAUUAAAUCGAGGGCAGAGCGAGGCGAUUACAGAGUUAUGAUUUCACAAGCCGCCGUAAGCAUCAAGAGGCCAGAUGGAGUGAAAACACACAUCUCGCUCCACUUUGAAGAGAGUUAAGUAGAUUUUAUAAUUUCAUCUGAGCAUCAUCAGCGUCUGUUUGAGCCCCACAAGGACUCUUGAAGGUAGAGUUGCCUCAGGUCAGGGAUGGGAUCCGCUCUGCUGCUCCACAAUCUGGACUUUCUUCUCAUCUCACUACUCAGCAGUUUAUGCCUGGCUUGCGCGGAUGACGUGCUCACGAAAGACGAACAGAUCAGCCUGUUGUUCAGAGCCAAGCAGAAGUGUGAGGGGAACAUCAAGUCAAAGCACAAAGUACCUGAGGGUUUCUGCUCACCGGAGUGGGACGGCAUCGUUUGUUGGCCUGAAGGGCCUCCAGGAAAGCUUGUAUCCACCUCCUGUCCUGAGUAUAUCCAUGACUUCAACCAUAAAGGAUUAGCCUACCGCCGGUGUGACAACAACGGGACGUGGGAGCUGGCCACAGCCAACAAGACAUGGGCCAAUUAUAACGAAUGUGCAAAAUUCCUCUACCAUUACAACCACAGCCAUGAAAAGGACGUGUUUCACCGGCUGUACCUCAUCUACACAGUCGGCUACUCCAUCUCUCUGGGAUCACUCAUGGUGGCUGUCGUCAUCUUGGGAUAUUUCCGACGAUUGCACUGCACCAGGAACUACAUCCACAUGCACCUAUUUGUGUCCUACAUGCUAAGAGCUAUCAGUAUUUUUGUGAAAGAUGUUGUUCUCUACUCUGGAUCGGCCUUAGAGAACAUGGAGAGAGUCACAGUGGAAGACCUAAAGUCCAUCACAGAGGCUCCGCCAGCCAACAAAACACAGUUCAUUGGCUGCAAGGUGGUUGUGACCUUGUUCUUGUACUUUCUGGCCACCAAUUACUACUGGAUCCUUGUGGAGGGUCUGUACCUGCACAGCCUCAUCUUUAUGACCUUCUUCUCAGACAGAAAGUAUCUGUGGGGAUUCACUCUGAUUGGAUGGGGAUUACCAGCUAUGGUUGUGACAGUUUGGGCAACUAUGAGAGCCACGUUUGCAGACACAGAGUGUUGGGACUUAAGUGCAGGCAAUUUAAAAUGGAUAUAUCAAGUCCCUAUCCUGGCGGCUAUAGUGGUUAAUUUUAUGUUAUUUCUGAACAUCAUCAGAGUCUUGGCAACUAAACUACGCGAAACAAAUGCUGGACGGUGUGACACAAGACAACAGUACAGAAAACUAUUGAAGUCCACACUGGUGCUAAUGCCACUCUUUGGCGUCCACUACAUCGUAUUCCAUGCCAUGCCGUACACAGAGGUGUCUGGAGUCCCCUGGCUGAUACAGAUGCACUAUGAGAUGCUGUUCAACUCCUUCCAGGGAUUCCUAGUUGCAAUUAUAUACUGCUUUUGCAAUGGGGAGGUGCAAGCUGAGAUCAAAAAGUCCUGGAGCAGGAGGACUCUGGCCCUGGACUUCAAAAGAAAAGCUCGGAGUGGCAGCAACACUUACAGCUAUGGACCUAUGGUGUCACACACCAGUGUUACCAACGUCACUGCCAGAGGGCCGCUGGCCCUGCACCUCACCACCAGGCUGGGACCGGUGCCCGUCAACGGGCACAGGAACCUUCCCGGGUACGUGAAGAACGGCUCCGUCUCUGAGAACUCGAUACCAUCAUCAGGACAGGAGCUUCACAUCCCCGACGAGGAGCAUUCGGCUCACACGCGGCCCUGCGAGAACGAGAAACCCUCACCUGUGGUGGAGGAGGAGAGGGAGACAGUCAUGUGACCUCCUGGACGCUGUGUGUAGGGAUAAAAAAAACUGGAAAAUCAAAUCAUGAAACAGUGUCAGGAUGGUCUGAAGGGGAUGGCUGCAUGCUUCAACACUGCCAGUUUGCUCUCCUGUGAAAUAAGCCAGAACAUUACAGAUAGAUGAGGCUCAAGGCAAAAAGGCUGUAUCACUUUAGUGAGCUGGGACGAUGACCCUCGUUGUUGUGGCAAAACACUCUCAACUCUUUCACCAACCACCUGCCACACUGAAUGUGUAAAAGGAUAUAAACAGACUGAAGUUUCGUAUUUCUUUUCCACUGCCAUUACUGUUGUAAUCUUGUUUUCUGUUUCCUUUUUGUAAUGGUCGGCUUUUGUGCAUAAAUCAAACUGGGGUUAGUUGCAGUAGUUGCCAGUAACAGCCUUAAUCACCUAUGUAAAGCCAGGUGGGUUUUGAGUGCACUUAGUGACACAUGUGAGCAAUUUCAUCAGCAAGUUGUCGGAUUAAGUUGGCGUGAGUAGACUUAAGUGUAGGUUCAGCUUAAUGUUAAUGCUACUAUUUUGAGGCGGCUUUUCAUGCUUUCUGGCAUGAUAUCUCAUUUGUUCUGCAUUGACUUAAAUCCACUUCAGUGUAAAAGGGAAGGUACUCAGGUAAUUGAAGUCCUCUGUUGUUGCACACCUAUUUUAUACGUUUGAAGUGGUGUUUUAGCACGGUCAGCAUUUCUCUGUGGGUGUUGGUAUGUGAUAUAAGGCUGUGUUCAAUUUUUUUUUUUCAAAAUGUUGUACAGUUUCUGCUGUUUAGAAAGACCCAUCUCUCUAAUUAUAACAGAUUUCAAAGAGUUCCAAUGAAUGUCUCAUAUUCAAAUUUUUCUCCAAAAAUCCUCCCUCUCUCUCUCUCUCUCUCUCUCUCUCUCUCUCUCUCUCUCUCACUCUCACACAACAUGAUGCCAAAGUAAGAAUAAUCCUUUGAGAACUCUGUUCAGUGUUAGUUGAGGUAAAGAAGAACUUUAUGGAAAUCUGACAAAACCCGUAUCAUAUGUUCCCACACAGUUUUUCAAAGGAAGAGACCCCGUUUAAAAACACCGGGAGCAGGAAACGGUCAUAUAUUCCAGUGGAAUAUUAAUUAAAUGAGGAUUCCAAGAAAAUCUCAAAUUCUGCUGGAAUUCCAAGAGUGACAUUUGUGGUGGAUAUGAAGGAAAACCCCAGAAAUUAAUAACACACAGUCAUUUUUACAGAUGGUCCAGUGUUAUGCUGCUUUUUGAUGUGUAUAUACAAGUCACAAUGUUUACAAAGAUCAGAAAUACAUUCGAAUUGUGAGCUAAUAGUGUUAAUUUGUAUGGAUAUGUUAUAAAGCUAUGUUGUUGUUUUUUUUCAUGUGUUUGUUUACGGAAUGUUUGCAAUAUUUGGUUUUGUAUAUAGUCCAAAAGAAAAACUGGUGAAUAUUUUUACAGGUGACGGAGGGCAUUUAACUUAGCAUUUAAUGAAGCAUUCCACAAGAUAUUUUAAACUCUGUAACUUGUAAUUAACCGCAUUUAUCCUGCAUGGUUUGCAGGUUUUCUGUUUUACCAAAGAGCGAAGGCAUGAUACGCUGACAGAGUGUUAUUUUGCUGCAUUUCCUUGUGUUUAUCACCCACCAUGUUGUUUACAGUGACCUGAAAGUCUUAAAAGUUGCAGUAAAAUCACCUCUCUCCAAAAUAUAAGUAUUUACUACUGGUAGUCAGUGUAGAAAAAUAACAUAAAGGUGUUGAAAUAGAGCACCCACACAGAUUUUCAUUUCUUCAUAAAUGUUCAGUUUCAUGCAAACAGCAGUGAGGCAAAUGAGAAAACCGUUCACAACACUGUAGCUUAGUAACAAUGGAUCCAGACCAUUAAUAUGAAAGGCAGUUCUUUAAUUUUCUACUUAACUUGCUCUCAAGUGCAUCAUUAGCACUAUUUGAUUUGGACUGAUAUUACUGAUGGAGUUUUGAUUGAGAUCAGAUUCAGUUAAAUGGAUUUUUACCUCGCAUUAAUUUUUCACAUGUUCCAUUCCAUUUUUCGGGGCCGGGUUGCGGGGAAAACAUAUUCCUAAUUUUUGACCGAAGUUAAUAUUUGCUCUUGUAUGCAGUGAUAUUCCAACAUUUUUUUACAUCAUGGUCAUGAUUUGAUGGAAAGUUCUCGAAUCCCUCCUGCUGUUUUUGUGCUUUUGUGACUUCACAAUGGCUAAAUUAUGCUCCAGAUUCCCUGAUACCCAGUCUGAUACUUUUUUUCUCCAUAUAUCUAUGAACAUGUGUGGUUUGACUACAUUUUGAAAGCUCUCAGUUUGUACUGCUUACAAGUCCAUCCAGUGGAUUUAUACGGCAUCUAAAAUCAAAGCAUCCUGACUCAAAUACGACCGUACAGGCUGUCUGUGUAAGCAGCUUAUUGAGACUGUUUAUGUUUGUCGUUAAGGGCCGACCCCUAGUGGCCAUAGUAAUUAUGACAUAGUAUAAAGGGCGACAAAGUCCACGGAUGGAGGGGGUCAGGGUGGUUGAAGGGGCCAAACUAAGCCAGGACUUUGGUGUUUGUGGCCGGUAUGCAAUUAGGUAUUUUAACUAGCUGAACUUGUUACAAUAAAUAAGUAUGUGACGUUAAUCCAAACGAUAAUCUUUUCAUAAACUUGCCUAAACAUAACCGAGUAGUUCAGUUCCACAACAUCAACCAUGCGACCAAGAAAACUGUAAUACUGCGAUCGGUUCACAUUGUGAAAUAAAACGGUCAUAUAUGUUGUUUUGAGUCAUUGGAGUCAAUGCAUAAAUACCGACUAGCACACCAAAUGUGUUCAUCCGCAGGUGAAAAUAGUCCCCAACAAAUACAUACAAAUUGAGUAUUUUUUACUAAAACUACAGUGCCCUGCUGUUUAUUGAAAUUAUAUAGGCUUAAAAAAAAUUGUAGUACAUAUCCGCAGCCUGUUUUUGAAUAAGAGACUAAGACAUGGUAAGAAAAGUACAUAGGAAGGGAGAAACACAGUGAUGGUUUAGGUCUUUUCAUGGCAUUUCUUAGCAAUAAUAAACAUAAUAAACAAUAUCUAACAACAAAUAAUUAACAGUGAAAAAUGUGCAGCUUUAGGUUGAGUGUAUUAAUUACAGCUGGCUGCAGUGGAGGACAGGAGAAAAGACUGAGGUGAAGGCAAACCUUUGUCACUUCAUAAUACAGUACCUUAAUGUAUCUAAAUGUCUGGAUUCUUUUAGCUAUUAUUUAUUACAUCUCACACAACGCUGGAAACUUCAGGAGUACAGUUGUACAACAUUUAAAAAUGCAGUUGAGGUGGUCGUUUAAACUCAGUUGGUCCUUUCACCAAUUGCAACUUGUCAGUUAAACAUUGUUACUUUUAUGUAAGACAGUUUUUAUAUAUAAAAAAAGAAAAGAAAAAGAGAAAAAAGGCGGCAAGUAUCAAAACAUGAAAAUCUUUUAUAAAAAAAUAAACAUGGAAAAUUAUAUUUGAGCACUUUAAUACCCUAUAAUACAGUAAUUGUUCUGAUUGUAUCAUGUAAAAUGAUUGUGUUUUGGAAUCAAGUGUACAAUAAGGCCAAUAAUCAUAGAGCUAAUGUUGUAAUUCAAUGUUUUCAAAUACCUCUCAUGGAAGUAUAAAAUGUGUGUGGUUGUCUUUUAUUUAUCUCGUGCCGAAAUGUACUCAGUGGAGUCAGCAUUCAUGCUUUGGAUACAGUCUGUGGGCAGUGUUUGCAUCUCGCCUUCUCAUCACUCUGCAGUGGUUGAGGCACGUUGUAAAUAUCAGUGUAAACUUGGAUUAAAAUGUUUUCUGGUCUCUAAUGUUCAUCAGUGAAUUGUGAAUAAGACAAUAAA